AUGAACGGUACUCAGGAAUCGAUUAAAUCGAUUGUUGACAACCUGAAUGCCGCAGAUCUCGAUAAGAACGUCGAGGUCGUUGUGGCUCCUCCUUUCCCCUACCUUCUGUGGGUCAAGGAACACCUCAAGGCUUCGAAUGUGUCUAUUUCCGGCCAAAAUGCUGCUGAUAGAGACAACGGUGCUUUCACCGGAGAGGUUUCUAUUGCCCAAUUGAAGGAUGUUGGUGCUUCUUGGGUCAUUUUGGGCCACUCCGAGAGACGUACUAUUAUCAAGGAGACCGACGAGCUCAUUGCUACCAAGACCAAGUAUGCCAUUGACAACGGACUUCCUGUCAUUCUCUGUAUUGGAGAGACUUUUGACGAGAAGAAUGCUGGUAAGACCAUCUCUGUUGUUCAAAAGCAGCUCGACGCUGUUAUUGCCAAGCUCUCUAAGGAGGACUGGUCUAAGGUCGUCAUUGCCUACGAGCCUGUUUGGGCUAUUGGUACCGGUUUGGCUGCCACUCCCGAGGAUGCCCAAGCUGUCCACGAGGAGAUCCGUAAAUACCUCGCCGAGAAGGUCGGUUCUGAUAUCGCCAAUGCCACCCGUAUCAUCUACGGCGGCUCUGUCAACGGCAAGAACGCCGGCUCUCUCUCCGGCAAGGCCGACAUCGACGGAUUCCUCGUUGGCGGUGCCUGUCUCAAGCCCGAGUUCGCCGACAUCGUCAACUCCAACAAGGCCUAA